AUGAAUGGGUUCGCCAAUGAGCUCAAUUCUUUGUCAGAUGACGAGAACGAGACUAAGGAGGUUCUUGAAGUAGAUAUACGUACCGAAAUAAUUCGCGUAAGAUUUCCAUCCCUGUCACUGCAUAUUAGUAUUGCUGAUUUGUUAUGCUUAGCCGAAGGUGAACUACUCAAUGGUACCAUUAUUGAUUUCUACUUGAAUCAUAUAAGAUGCCAUUUGAUACAAGAUUCAAAUUUGCGAAUGCAUAUAUUUCCAUCGUUGUUCUGGGGAAAUUUGAAGUCAUGGUUCAGGAACUUAAACACUGGUGUUGAUAGGUUUGCAGUGACUGGAAUUGGUAGCACUGAUGAAGUCUCGAAUCCAAGUCGCAUUCAGUAUUGGCUUGAAGAUGAAGACAUAUUUGAUGCAGAUUUUCUGGUGAUCCCUGUUAACGAAUACAACCAUUGGUCUUUAACAAUAAUUUCGAUGUCAUGUUUAACACAGCAGUUAUCCAUUUCCGAACUUUUAAUAAUAAUUUUUGAUUCACAACAAUCCAUUGAACUGCCCUGUACAGAAGAUAUUGUAAAUACUCUUAAAACUUUCCUUUUGCGAGCUUCCGAAUUGAGUGCACGGAAAGAAAAUCUGUUGACGAAACAAAUCAAAACGGUGAUACCGAAAAAUUUACCCCAGCAAGAAAAUGACGUCGAUUGCGGUUUGUACAUAUUGGAAUAUGCACAGCGUUUCCUUCUCCAACCUCCGAUCAAAGACCUUACAUUAUACGGUGAUUUUGAUUUCGCAUCGCACUAUCCGGAUUUCAACAUUACCUCAAAACGCCGAAGUAUCCGCAAUGCUUUAUCAGCACUUUGUGCGGACAGUAGCAAAUGGUCGCAGUUCUUCGACGUUGAGCAGUGCGAUACAGUUCUGGACUGGAAGUAA